AUGUGUGCUACUUUAAUUCUUGUGGCCUUCAUUGGAGGAUUUAUACUUCAAUCAAGUGCUGAAAUGGCUGAAAGUGAAAGCAAGGAUCCAAAUAAACCCCACAUCAUUAUCCUGAUGGCUGAUGACAUGGGCUUCAACGAUGUGAGCUUCAGGAAGACUUCUCAAGUUUACACACCUAAUAUCGAUGCUUUGGGCUAUCAAGGAUUGAUUUUAAAUAGACAUUAUGUGCCUCACAUGUGCACUCCUUCGAGAGCAGCCUUGCUCACGGGAAUUAAUCCAGUUCAUACAGGAAUGCAGCAUUAUGUCAUAAGAUCUUGUGAGCCAUACGGACUUCCGCUUGACCUCAUUCUCCUGCCUCAGUAUCUCAAAAAGGCGGGAUACAAAACCCACCUUGUCGGAAAGUGGCACUUGGGCAACGCAAAAAAGGCUUUCAUCCCCACUGAAAGGGGCUUCGACAGCUUCUUCGGAUUCUAUACAGGCGCCAUUGAAUAUUAUAACCACACGGAUGGAGCUUCAGGAUCUGCAGUUACAGAAACUGGAGCUCUCAGUGUGAGAGGAUAUGACUUUAGGAGAAACGAAGAAGUGACCUAUGAAGGAUUUGGACAAUACGCAACUUAUCUCUUCACAAAUGAAUCCUUGAAAAUCAUUGGCGAUCAUAAUCCGAAGAAACCGCUUUUCCUGGUAGCAACUUACAAUGCUCCACACGCUGCGGACGGUCCUGUGCUUUUGGAAGCGCCCCAGGACGAAAUCGAUAAGAUUAAUUACAUCAGUGAUCCCAAUUUGAGGACUUUCGCUGCCAUGAUGAACAUCAUGGACAGAGGAAUUGGGCAGAUCAUCAAGAAACUCAGUCACAAGGAUAUGCUAAAGAACUCUGUGAUUCUCUUCUAUUCAGACAAUGGAUCACCAAUUGAAGGUCUUUAUGCUAAUGAAGGUUCAAACUAUCCUUUAAGAGGUCAAAAAAGCAGUCCUUGGGAAGGAGGAAUUCGAGUCCCAGCAAUCAUUUGGAGUCCAGCAAUGAAAUAUCGUCACGGAGUAUCAAGUAAAUUGAUCCAUAACACUGAUUGGUUGCCAACAUUCUUAGCCUUGGCUGGAAUUCGACCGAAAAGUAAUGUCGAUGGAUUCAACAUGUGGCCGACAUUGACGAAGAAUUUGCCCAGUCCAAGAGAUGAAAUGAUUCACAAUAUUGAUCCUAUUGAUCAAUUCGUCUCUGUAUAUUACAGAGGAUGGAAGUACAUCAAUGGAACGACUGAUGGCGGACAAUAUGAUGGUUGGUUGAGUCCUUCCUCGAAUUGUAAGGAUCAGUUUGGAGUGAAAUACACAGAAAGUGUAAUGAAAAGCGAUACGUGGAAAGCUCUGUCUCCGUUCGCCAGAAAAACCAUCACCAGUAAGACAAUAAGAAGGAUCAGGAAGAUGACUGAAGUUUACUGUCCAGCCAAAAUACCUUAUUCUGGGGUCUGUGAGCCUUUGAAAGCGCCGUGUUUGUUCAAAAUCACUGAUGAUCCUUGUGAAAUGAACAACUUGGCUCAAGUCUACCCAUUCCGUACUUAUCUUAUGCAGAUCUUAGUUAAGAAAUGGUCUGCUAACGUCGUGUAUCCCAUCAAUCAGCCCAGUGAUUUUGCUGGCUGCGAUCCUAGAAAGCACAAUGGAACCUUCACUUGGUGGCUUGAUUAA